AUGGGUGCUCAAACGUCCAGGACUGCCGCCGACAUCUCGAGCGAAAAGGAGCUCCUUGAGCGCCUUCGCCGAUUCCAGGUUACGGAUGAAGAGUUCGUCAACGUGGGAGGCUCGGGUGAGGACGAGAAGAGCGGCCUCAAACUGCUCCGCGAACCCGAGGGCCUUCCCGUUCAUCAAACGCAGUCAUGGCAGUCCCGAUUCCUGUCUGAUCCCAAGAACAAGCUCGCCCUCACAGCCCUCAGCACCGCUGACCCGCGAGCCGUCCUGACGUCGACCUCGGCGAAGCUCGCCGACCCCCAGAUCUUCAACGUCAAGAUCCCCUUCGAAGGCGGCCCCAUCACGAACCAGCGCUCGUCGGGCCGAUGCUGGCUCUUUGCUUCCACAAACACCUUCCGCGUCGCCCUCAUGAAGCGCUACAACCUCGACUCCUUUGAGCUCUCCCAAUCAUACCUCUUCUUCUGGGACAAGCUCGAAAAGGCAAACUACUUCCUCGAGCAGAUCAUCGACACGGCGGGCGAGGACCUCGAGGGCAGACUCGUCCAGGCGCUGCUGGGAGACAUCGUCAGCGACGGCGGGCAGUGGGACAUGGUGUACAACCUCGUGCAGAAGUACGGCCUGGUCCCGCAGGCGCUGUACCCGGACAGUUGGAACGCCAUGAACUCGGGCGUGCUCAACUCCAUCGUCAAGACGAAGCUGCGCGAGUACGCGCUGAUCCUGCGGGCGCAGAUCCGCUCCGGCGAGGCGACGGCCCAGACGCUGUCGUCGACCAAGGAGAAGAUGGUCAGGGAGAUCCUGAGCAUCCUGACCCUCACGCUCGGCCCGCCGCCGAACCCGCGCGAGGAGUUCACGUGGUCGUACCUCGACAGGAACGGCAAGGCGCACGAGCUGACGACGACGCCGGCGGCGUUCGCCAAGGACAUAUACUCCUCCGAGUUCCGCAUCACGUCCGCCGUCAUCGAGGGCAUGGUCUCGCUCGUCCACGACCCCCGCCACGAGCCCCUGACGCUCCUGACCGUCGACAGGCUCGGCAACAUCGUCGGCGGCCGUGGCGUCACCUACGUCAACGUGGACAUUGACACGCUCAAGUCGGCAUGCGUUUCCAUGCUCAAGGCCGGCCUGCCGAUAUUCUUCGGCUCGGACGUCGGCAAGUUCAGCAACAGCGCCUCCGGGAUCAUGGACCUCGACCUGAUCGACUACGAACUCGGCUUCGGCGUCUCGACGCUGGGCAUGGACAAGGCGAGCAGGCUGAGGACGGGCGAGAGCGCCAUGACGCACGCCAUGGUGCUGACGGCGGUCCACCUCGACUCGGAGGGCAGGAGCGUGCGCUGGAGGGUGCAGAACAGCUGGGGCGAGGGCGCGGGCGACAAGGGCUGGUUCGUCAUGAGCGACGCGUGGAUGGACGAGUUCGUGUACCAGGCCGUCGUCGACCCCCGCUUCCUCAGCAAGGAGGUCAAGGCCGUCAUCGGUACGGAGCCGACUGUGCUUCCGUUGUGGGACCCCAUGGGCAGUCUGGCGUAG